AUGCUUAGAAACGUGACACGUGCUGCUGUCAGAAGCGUGCGGGGCCACGCCAGCGCCGCUACACACGCGCCAGAAACACCUGGCGGCUCGGUUUCCGUGGCUGCAAAAUACUACCCCAACGAGCCAAAGGGUCCCUCCUUGAUCACCGAGUCGGUUCCAGGACCCAAGCUGUUGGCGGCAAACGAACACUUGGGAUCGGUUUUCGACAACAGAGCCGCGUACUUUGUCACAGACUUCUACAACUCCGUGGGGAACUACAUUGCUGAUGCAGACGGCAACAAGUUGCUUGACGUGUACUGUCAGAUUUCGUCGAUUCCCUUGGGUUACAACAACCCGGAGCUUUACGCCGCGGCCACGUCGCCCGAAAUGGCCUCCGCUUUGGUCAACAGACCCGCGUUGGCGUGUUUUCCUCAGCUCGACUACGCGGGUAUUCUCGAGGAGGGUAUUUUGGCCGCUGCUCCGCCAGGAAUGACCAAGGUGUGGACGGCGCUUUCCGGCUCGUGUGCUAAUGAAACUGCCUACAAGGCGGCGUUCAUGUACCAGGCUGCCAGAGCACGUGGAGCCAUGGAUUUCACCGACGAGGAGUUGCGCUCUGUGAUGCUCAACAAGGCACCUGGUUCGCCAGACAAAGCCAUUUUGUCCUUUGAAAAGGGCUUCCACGGCCGUCUUUUUGGCUCUCUUUCCACCACACGCUCCAAGGCCCUUCACAAGUUGGAUAUCCCUGCAUUCGACUGGCCUGUGGCACCUUUCCCCCAGCUCAAGUACCCAUUGAAGGACCACGUCAGGGAAAACGCUGCCGAGGAGGAGCGCUGUUUGGCUGAAUUCGAGGAAAUCGUCACAAGCCACCCUCCAGGCUACAUUGCCGCUAUCAUCGUGGAGCCAGUUCAGUCUGAAGGUGGAGACAACCACGCAUCGCCUGCUUUCUUCCACGGCUUGAGACAGCUCACCAGAAAACACGAGAUCCUCAUGAUUGUCGACGAGGUCCAGACCGGUGUGGGUGCCCUGGGCAAGUUCUGGGCCCAUGAACACUGGAACCUCCAGGACCCUCCAGACAUGGUGACUUUUUCCAAGAAGUUCCAGGCUGCCGGAUUCUACUUCUCAGACCCCAACUUGCAGCCUUCUCAGCCCUAUAGACAAUUCAACACGUGGUGUGGCGACCCAUCCAAGGCUAUUCUUGCCAAGGCCAUCUACCAGGAGGUUCAGAAGAACAAUUUGGUGGAAAGAACCGCUACUACCGGUGACUACCUCUACAAGGAGCUCGAGGGGCUUGCCGAGAAGUACGAGGACAAGAUUCUCAACUUGAGAGGCGAGAACUUUGGUACUUUCAUUGCUUGGGACUGUGAGAGUCCUACUCAUAGAAACGAGUUGUUGUUGAAGAUGCGUGCUGCUGGUGUGAACAUUGGAGGAUGUGGCGAGAGGUCUGUUCGUUUGAGGCCCUCUUUGGUGUUUGAGCCUUCGCAUGCCAAUGUGUUCUUGAACGCUUUGGAGCAUGCUCUCCAAAUAUAG